AUGUUUCAAAUUAGUGGCCUCAUGGUCUUCUGUGGGCUGCUGGCCCAGGCUACUGCCUUGCUGGGAGCUCUGCCAGCACCCCUGGACCCAACCCUGCCCUUGGCUGUGACUCCAGACCUGGACCUGAGUCUCACAGAUUUUGCUGGAAGCUUGACUAGUGCUCUCAGCAAUGGCUUGCUCUCUGAGGGUCUGUUGGGCAGUCUCGAAAAGCUUCCACUCUCGGAUGCACUGAAGACUGAAGGAAUCACUUCCAGAGGCCUGUUUAGGGGCCUGCUUGGGAGAAUGGCUUCAGCAAUGCCUUUCCUGAACACCAUUGAUGUGAAGAUCACUAAUCCCCAGAUGCAGGAUCUUGGCCUUGUCCAGAGCCCUCACGGCCGUCGCCUCUACAUCACCAUCCCUCUGCUCAUGAGACUCAAUGUGAAUGUGCCCCUGAUUGGAAGUCUGUUAAAGCUGGCUGUGAAGCUAAAUAUCAGUGCAGACAUCUUACCUUCGAAAGAUGAACAGCAGAACAUCUACAUGGUCCUUGGCAGCUGCACUCACUCCCCUGGCAGCCUGGAAAUCUCCGUGCUUGAAAGAUUUGUCCCCGUCCCCUUUAAAAGCCUUUUCAAAAGCCUCAGCAAGAUCCUUCCUGGGCUGGUGAAGGACAAGGUAUGCCCUCUCCUCAAAGAGGUUCUCAGAAGCUUGGACACCACCCUGUUGGAGGCCACUGUUGAUACGAUGUUCUAUGGGCUGGAAUUUGCCACUAAGGUCUAG